CAGUGUAAUUCAGGUUCAUAAGAGAAGCAAGAAGUUUUUAAGACUGAACCAAGAUGCUCCUUUGAAGACAGUGGUUCAUCUUUCAAGUACAUGCCAAGUUCCAAACUCAAGUAAUUGUCAUCAAUAGCGAUUUAAGUUGCCCCCUGAUAUGUGGAGAUCUAUUUCAAAUGCCAUCACAAGCUUUGGACAGAAGAAGGAAUGUGGUACGCCCAGUCAAGCUUGCCGCGAAUUCUCAGAUGACGAUGAUGCCUAUUCUAAUGCCAGCAGCGAGGAAGAAGGGCUUGAAUGCCCAAUAUGCUGGGAGUCUUUUAACAUUGUCGAAAACAUCCCCUAUGUCUUGUGGUGUGGUCACACACUUUGCAAGCACUGUCUGUUGGGGCUUAAAUCAGCUUCUUGGAAGUUCUCCACUCAACAGGUCCAGAUUCCAUUAUUCAUUUCCUGCCCAUGGUGCAAUAUGCUGACAUUUCGGUUGGCGUUGAGCGGGAAUCUCAAAUCUCCUAGCAAGAAUUUCUUCCUCCUCUGGAUGGUGGAAAGCAAAAAUGGUGACAGGGGGGAAUCUCCAUCUACCAUAUGUAGGGAUCAUCAACAAGAAAUGCCCGUCCGGUGCACUUCAGUUACGGGGAACAACACCUCUGUCAUGAAUUAUAGGAGGGUUCGUCGUCUAGGAUCUCCAGGAUCGAGCAACAGUAGUUAUAACCAUACUAGUGGUACACCUGCAUCCCAGAGGGCCCACUCUUCUCUUCACAAGUCCCUCGAUCUCUUUAUCCGCAUUACAGCCAAGUUUCCGUUAGUUCUCGUGCUUCUUCUGCUUGUUAUGUUUGCAAUACCUUCGUGUGCAGCCGUCCUAGCGCUCUACUUACUGAUCACAAUUCUCUUUGGACUCCCAUCUUUCCUAGUAUUGUACUUUGCCUAUCCUGCUUUAGAGUGGCUGAUCAAAGAGAUCACAACUUGAAAUGUUUCUCUUUCAAUUUGUUUGAGAGCUCUCUCAUAUCAAGGAUGGUGAAAGUUUCUUGUUUCAUGAGAGGUCUAAGACCUUAGGGCUC